UCAGACACCUGCAUCAAUCAGAAGACAACAUGGCACAAGGAGUUCGACUUCCACGCGCUAAAUUCAGCUGCCUGCUGUGUCUGAAUCUGCUGGACGACCCGGCCACUAUCCCCUGUGGCCACAACUACUGCAUGAAGUGUAUCGCCAAACACCUGGACGAAGGGCAAGGGACCGGGAUAUACAGCUGCCCCUGCUGCAAGGAGAUUUUCUUCCAGAGACCAGCGCUGGUGAAGAACAGCAUGCUAGCUGUGGUAGUUGAGGAGCUGCAGGCAGCCGAACCUCCAGCUGAUCCCCCUCAGCCACGUUACGCCGGACCGAGAGAUCUGGCCUGUGACGUCUGUACCGGGAGAAAACUGAGAGCCGUCAAAUCCUGUCUGCAGUGUCUGGUUUCCUACUGCCAAGACCACCUGCAGCCUCACCUGUCUGUCCCUUCACUGAUGAAACACCGGCUGGUGGACGUCUUCACAGACCUGAAGCAGAGCAUCUGUCCUCGACACCAGGAGGUCAUGAAGCUGUUCUGUCGCACAGAUCAGUGCUGCAUCUGCUACCUCUGCUCCAAGGACGCUCACAAAGGCCACGACAAGGUCUCCGCGGCAGCAGAACAGACCGAGAAGCAGGACGAGCUCCGGCUGACCCGCCAGCAGAUCCAGCAGAGGAUCAGGAAGAAGCAGAGCAACAUGACGCUGUUGCAACAGGAGGAGGACUCCGUCCGUCGCUCUGCUGAGAACGCACUGAGGAACACCGAGAGGACCUUCACCAAACACAUCCGGAUGCUUCACCAGAGACUCUCCGACAUGAAGGAGAAGAUUGGGUCUCGACAGCAGACAGAAGUGGGACAAUUCCAGAAGAUUCGGGAGAAGCUGGAGCAGGAGAUCUCCACACUCACGGAGACCGACGCAGAGUUGGACAAGUUAUCCACCAUUGAAGAUCCCACAUAUUUCCUCCUAAAGUACCCUUCAUUGGCCCGUCUCCCCAAAGACCCGCCCCCCAUCACCAUCCGCCGCGUGCAGUACUUCGAGAGGCUGAUGGUUUCAGUGUCGGACGCCGGAGAGAAACUUGAAGAGAUACUUGGGAAAGAGUACGCAAAGAUGUCCAUGACUUUAGCCAAGGCGUCUAUGCCGAGUCCGAAUGCUGACCUGGAGACCAGAGCAGACUUCCUGCAGUACGCCUGCCCCAUUGAACUGGAUCCCAACACUGCAAACCCACAUCUGUCCCUGUCCAACCGCAACAGGAAGGUGGCCUUCCUCAGCGGCGAGCAGGACUACCCCAAACACUCAAACCGCUUCAAUUAUUCCUGGCAGGUUCUGAGCAGACAGAGUCUCACGGGUCGCUGCUAUCUGGAAGUGGAGCGCAGCAGCAGUGGCGUUGUGGUCGCCGUCGCUUACAAAAGCAUGGGCAGGGCCGGGAUCUUCAGCGACUGCGUGUUCGGACUCAACGACAAGUCCUGGGCUUUGGAUUGCUUUGAGUUCAGACACAACGAGGUGAAAACGGCCAUCACGGCCACGUGGACGCCCAGAGUGGGCGUGUUCCUGGAUCACAGCGCUGGCGUCUUGUGCUUCUACGGCAUCUCCGACACCAUGACCCUCCUCCACAGGGUCCAGACCACCUUCACCGAACCCCUGCACGCUGGGCUCUGGCUGUCCAAUGGAGCCACCGCUGAGUUGUGCAGUCUCCAGCCAGAUAGGUCCAACACCGUCUGAAGGAAGACUGGGAGUAAAGACUGGGAGACAAACGCUGGAGAGAUGUUGGUGGAUUUAAUCUUUAGUCUUCCUGCCUUCAAAUUUUGGUUUGAGGAACUGUUAAUGUGUUUUUUCCUAAUUGUUGAAGAUCAUGAGAAAUUAAUACUACAAAACAGGGGUUAAUCGUAAUUUAGACUCAUGUAAAUACACAGUUUAUUCAGAUUAUGUUGAUUUAAGGGCAAAGUUAAUCUGACCUGAACUGACUCCGUAAUCUGAGACAUUCACAGUAAAUUAGCUGUAAUUAAAGUCUAGUUUCUGGUCCUAUUUUGCUCAGUUAAUUGUUUGUUAAUUAGCUUAAAAUGAUCUGGAAUCUUAGUUUUAAAGGUGGCUGAAAAUUUUGAACUUUGAACUUUCCCUCGUCAGUCUAAUAGAGACAACAGCAAUGGAGCGCCUGGUUUUUAAGGUUCAGAUCAUGUUUUAGUUUCCAGAUCAGGUUAAGAAUCAAUGAGACUCCAGCAGAGUGAAUAUUACCAAGCGAAAUCACAUUCUGGCUCUCUGGAAACACCCUGUGAGUGAUUCACUGCACCGAGGCAUUAAUCAUCUCUGAUCAGAAGCUUCCAUUGUCUUGAUUUAUGUUAUUCCAUUCAUGUCUAUAGUUGAUCUGUCACUCAUGCCUGCAGAUGAAACAGCUGCUUUAAUAUUUCUUUUAAUUAAGUUUGUUUUUUUAAGCUGUAGGUGUUUGAUAAGCUGACUU